AUGACCAACUCCUGCUGCUCCCCUUGCUGCCAGCCCACCUGCUGCAGGACCACCUGCUGCAGGACCACCUGCUGGACACCCAGCUGUGUGAGCAGCUGCUGCCAGCCCUGCUGCCAGCCCAGCUGCUGUGGCUCCAGCUGCUGCCAGCCCUGCUGCCAGCCCACCUGCUGUAGGACCUGCUUCCAGCCAAGCUGUGUGAGCAGCUGCUGCCGCACACCCUGCUGCCAGCCCUGCUGCUGUGUGUCCAGCUGCUGCCAGCCUUGCUGCCAGCCCAGGCCCUGCCUCAAGCCCUGCUGUGAGCCCUUCUGCCUCAACCUGUGCUGCCAGCCAGCUUGCUCUGGACCUGUGACCUGCACCAGGACUUGCUACCAGCCCACGUGUGUCUGUGUGCCUGGCUGCCUGUCCCAAGGCUGUGGGUCCAGCUGCUGCGAGCCCUGUGGCUGUUGA